AUGCCGGGAGCGAGCCCCGGACUCGCCCCAUUUCCGACAGGCGAGCGGGAAGGCACGCACGGGUCGGGCUGCACGGACUUGUACCGGGACGCUGGCGGAGGCUCGGCGGGGAGGGCGCGCGCCACCGCCCGAACACUUGGCGUGGGAUUUACGGUGCUUGCGGAGAUGUGUAGCGUAUCCAGGAAAGGGACUCCAGCCUGCUUUCCCUUGGAUCCAACCGUUUCCCGUCGCCGCCGUGCCGUAACCCCUGAUGUACCGGACUGCACCAGCGAGCCAGGCGGAGCUGACACACCGGCCCUCCCGCCGGACCGACACGGACCUCCCGGCGGACUGUUACGGGCCUCCCUCCGCGCCGCACGUCCAGCUUACGGUAAGCCGGCUGGAGCUCUGCCAAGCCCGCCGAGCCAGCUCAGUUGUGAGACUGACGCCGAUUGUUGCAGUAUUAUUUUGGAGGAGGCGUGGCCAGUGUUUCCCACAGUUGGAAAGUUCUCAGAAACCGAGGAGGAUUCCCUAAGUUCCAACAUGGCGAGAUUCGUGCGGGUGUUUCUUUUCGUUCUCCUCAUUUUCGCUGCUUCUUACGCCUCAGAGAUGUCUCAGACACACGCAAGACGCACAAGGAAGGCAGCAAGCUUGGAAGAAAGCGAGAGAACAGUGGCUGAGCAGGUAGCUGUUGGUACCGUACGUAACACGAGUUUCCUUCGGGGGGAGGCGACUGCAGCGCCGAGGAGUUUCAGCGGUCGUCUCGGUGCAAAGUCGGGAACAGAGAUAGUAGAGACACGGGCUCAGCGCACGGCAAAAGCUCCCUGCGGCCGAGCCCGUUGCCCACGAGGCGGCACCGGGCGGCCCCAGCGCUGCCCUCGGCGCCUAGCGCGCCCCGGCCCGCCCGUGGUCCACCUGUACAUGCGGUACCUGACCUGGAGGAGUAACUGGCAGCCGGGCGGCGAGAGGUGGCGACAACAGGCGCUCAGGAACUCCACAGUGUACCAGGUGCUGCCGUGGAAAGUCAGCUGGAGAAGGGGCGUGGGGAACUUCAAGUUCAAGGUCGACUGCCACGUGUCCAAGGUCAACGUUGUGCGUGAGUCGGAGCUGGUUCUGACCUUCAGCACGACCUUCCAGUCUGCGGUGAGGAAGGGCAUCCUGCAGCCGCCCUAUCAGCUGGUCCUGCUCAAGGUCAUACGCAGGUCAGGGGUCAGGAAACAUCGUCACCUCGCCACCAAGACGGUGUAUGGAAACGAGACGGCUCCGUGGGUGACCUUCAGCGUCUCCCGGCCGGUGCAGACGUGGCGGAGGUCGUCCCGCCUGAAGCACGGGCUGCGGCUCCACGUGGUCUCCAUGGCGACAGGGCUGCAGGUGGACCAGCGGGUCGCAAGGCGUGUGUUUGACACGGCGCGGGAGGCGACACUGCUCGCCGCGUACGUGCUGGAGGGGGGCGGGCAGCAGGACGCCGUGUUCUCCCAGCGCUCCGGGGGUAACCUCAGACGGAGGGGGAAGGGUGAGAGGUCAAGGUCGCACAGCAGGGAUCGCAUCUCGUCUCUCGACGUGCUUCAGCGGAUGUUGCUAGGCAACCAGACCGGACGGGAAGCGGCUGAGGAGGAGGAGCGGCGCGGACCGGAGCUGCUGCGGGACUGGCUGGCGUAUCGCGGGCGGAACCGACAAGUCGUACGUCGUCAUGACAACAAUGCAGGGUCAGAGGGCAGAGGUCGUAGGCAGCUGGGAGACUGUCGCCGCUAUGAUCACUAUGUGGUGUUUGACGAUGUUGUGCGGCCGAACUUCAUCCUGCAGCCUCGGCGGUACAACGCGCGGCGCUGCGGCGGGGCCUGCGGACGCCCGCUCCCGGAUCACGUCAACGCCACGAACCACGCCAUGCUGAUGGCGCUGCAGCACGACCUCCGACCCCGGGUCGUUCCCGCGCCCUGCUGCGUGCCGCUCGCCUACUCGGCCAUCUCCGUCAUGGAGAAACACGGAGACGACAUCGUCGUCAAGCCCUACCCCAACAUGCGCGUCGAGACAUGCGGCUGCCGGUAGACA